AUGGCCUCCACUGCCUACCGCCCUAUUGUGAUUUCAGGCCCAUCGGGGACUGGAAAGUCGACUCUACUCAAGCGAUUGUUCGCCGAGUAUCCUGAUACGUUUGGAUUUUCUAUCUCGGAAACCACACGAUCCCCGAGACCCGGCGAGCAAGAUGGCCGUGAAUAUAACUUUGUCACAAAAGACGCAUUCCUCGACCUAGUGGCCAAGAACGGGUUUAUUGAACAUGCUCAAUUCGGCGGGAAUUACUAUGGAACAUCCAUUCAGGCUGUCAGGAACAUCGCUGAGAAGAAGCGUAUCUGCAUACUGGACAUUGAGAUGGAAGGAGUCAAGCAGGUGAAGCGGACGGAUCUCAAUGCGCGUUUCUUGUUCCUUGCGCCGCCUUCUCUCGAGGUGCUGGAGCAGCGCCUCCGUGGCCGUGGCACCGAAACCGAAGAAUCUCUCCAGAAAAGACUCAACCAAGCUCAGAACGAGCUUGAGUAUGCAAAGCAGCCUGCGGCCCACGAUAAGAUCGUUGUUAAUGAUGAUCUGGAGAAAGCAUAUGUUGAGUUGCGGGAUUGGGUUGUUGACGGUGGUAAGUUCGGUGCGCAAUAG